AUGCCACGCUACAUCAUCACAGAUAAUGGCAAGCCAUUCUCGAAUCGGUUGAUGGAUAAAUUGUGUGAAAACUUUGGUUUCAAACAACGCAACUCUUCAAUGUACAAUGCACCAGCCAACGGUCUUGCGGAAGCGUUCAACAAAACUCUUUGCAGCCUGUUGAAGAAAGUUGUUGGAAGAACCAAGAAAGAUUGGCAUGAAAGGAUAAAUGAAGCAUUGUGGGCUUAUCAGACGACAUACCGGACGCCUACUCAGGCUACACCAUACUCACUCGUGUAUGGCGUGGAAGCAGUCUUGCCUCUAGAAAGUCAACUUCCAUCAUUGAGGAUGGCCAUACAAGAGGGAUUGACUGAUGAAGAGAAUGCGAAGCUACGUCUCCAAGAGUUAGAAGCAAAGACGAAAAGAGACUCGAAGCGCAACAACGCUUAG